CUUUUCUUGUCUUACACCUCUACACAUGAAAAAUAAAAAAACGAAACAUAAACAAGCAGCAAUUCUAUUCUGAUUUACUGUAGUAGAUUGCUCAUUGUGCAGUGAACGCAGCAGCAGAGACGGGAGCAGUAGCAUAGACAAGAGAAGCAUACAAUGGACUCGUACAACAGGAAAGCUGCUGUUAAACAGCAACAUUCGUUGUCGUAUGCUAAAUCAUCUAACGGUACACGGGUUGCUACAGAUCUUUGUCGCGCGUCCACAUCCAAACAGUAUUCCUCAUUGCUCAAACCGGAUCGCACCACUACAUCUAGUUCUGUCCCUGCUGUCGAAUCGCCAAAAGAUCAGGUUCCUGUCAAUGAGCUUGUCCAGCUUGGACGUCAAGCAUUUGCACAAAAAAACUUUGCUACUGCGCUGCAAUAUCUCACAAGGGCUUUGGCCAUUGCACCCAAAGAUAUUAAUUUGCUCGAUAGCAGAGCUGCUUCGUAUGAAAAACUCAAUAGGCUAGAUGGUGCUCUAGCGGAUGCAAAAUCAAUGAUACGAUAUUAUCCACAAAACCCAAAGGGCUACUUGCGAGCUGGAAAAACUCUUCGUCUUCAACAAAACUUCAAAAAUGCUACCAAGUACUAUACUGUUGGGAUAGAGAGAUGUGUCAAAGGAUCUAAGGAAUAUGAGGCCCUUGUUAGGAUAGCAACAGAGAUAGCUAAGAGGGAAUUACGCAUCCUGGAUCCGAUGGAGCGAUUACCUCUUGAACUUAUUGCGAUAAUCUUUAGUCACUUGACGUUCGUAGAGCGAGUACGUUGUCUGACUGUGAGCAAGAAAUGGGAGGAAUACUUAGGUUCUAUUAAGAAAUUUUGGCUUACAAUUGACGUGACAAACCAAGCAUCUUUAUUGCUUUUAAAACCCCAUUAUGCCAAAUACGCACCACCUCAACCAGAUCAAGAGACUAACAACAAAAUCACAAACAAGACUAUCCUAAGACUCACCAAGUAUACUGCCCCAAAAGUUCUACAACUUGGAUGUGCUCAGCAACUUAAUGGAGCAUUUUUUAAGGAUCUGAUAUUUUACAGGCGAGUGUCGGCCCUAGAAGUUCUGUCUCUCAGGGAGAACCCAAAGAUAUAUGAACAAGAAUUUACCUUAUUUUGGAAGUCAGCUCUCAAUAUACGAUCCUUGGAUCUUUAUGGAUGUCGUGGAGUAACAGACAAGGUUGUAAUUUUAGCAUUGGAACUGCUCCUGCAACUCGAGGAGCUGAAUAUCUCAGAGUGUAGGAUAACUGAGGCCUCUUUUAUGAUCAACAGUAUGACACCUAUGCCCAGCAUGAAGAAGUUAAUAGUGGGUACAUGGGAAUCACAAUUUGCCAAGGAAGGGAUUGAUGCUCUGGUUGCCCGAUUUCCAAACCUCAUUACUCUUGACAUCCGGACAAUGAGGCCGCGAGGAAUUGAAGCACUUGAGGGUAUUAGCGGACUGAGACAUCUUAAACAUCUGUACACCGAAUCCAUCGAGACGUCAGGAGAACAUGCGACAAACGCAGUUUUGCAUCGAUGGGUGGUGGGUAUUCCUGAACUUGAGAGCCUCCAGAUGAACGCCUGUAAAGGAAUAUCAGACACGACAAUUCAAAUCAUUGCAAAUGCGUCUGAACCAGGGUCAGACCGGCAUGGAUGGUCAAAUUCGUUAAGGAUGCUUGAUCUUAGCUCGUCCCCAUAUCUUACUUGUGCAGGAUUAGAACAUCUGCAUCAACAUCCCCUACACAAACUCCAUACUCUUCUCUUGAACAAGUGCGGCCGUGUAAGUGAAUAUGGGUUGCGACGUGCAGUGAAGAGCUGUGGCGCGGAGCUGAGUCGACUAGAGUGCUCGGGCUACUCGAGCGUUUCUGAUAAGUUAAUGGUGGAAAUUGCACAGUAUUGCCCAAAAAUUGAGAUGGUACAUCUCGCCAACUCUGGGAUGGUUACAGGAAUUGGGCUGUUGACUCUUGUUCACGCACGCGGUCAGAGUCUGGAGCGCAUUUGUCUAGACGAUUGUCCGGCGGUGGGUAUAGAUGCAGUUGAGCUCGCACGGGAGAUGCUCGGUAGCACUGUACGCGUCUCUCACCGUUUUCACCGUUCACAUCGAUACUAGAACUAGAUUGUGUAUCACCCAUCUUUAAUGAAACUAAAAAGGCUCAAACGUG